AUGGACUAUAAUCCUUUUAUGGCUAGUCCACACCAUGGUUCGCCGGUUAGGUCACCCCAGCCGGCAGCUAGACGUCAGGAGUCACCUUGGAGAUCUCAGUACACCGAAUACUCAUCUAAUGAGAAUGACCAUGACCUGUCAACUGCGUUCCAAGGAUUUCCCGCAGCCACAAACGUCCAACCGCCUUCUCCAUCCAAGGCAGCGGCCAAAUACAGCCCACAACGCAGAACUAUGUUCGCUCGUGAUAGUACACCUAAUACCCCUUUACGCCAAGAUCGCUAUACCGCCAACCUGCAAGAGUCACCGAGGCGUAACGGUCGCGCUGUUAUCGAAAUUGACGAAUGCUCUGAAAAUGACGAAGAUGAAACAGAUGACGCCUAUACCCAAGGGGAUAUUGGUUCGCCUUUCAGAAAGAUUUCUCAAGGCACCCGUUCAACUUUCUCGUUUGAGAGCUAUCGUAAAUCGCUGGACGAUGGUAGCACCGUCUACUCCGGUGAUACUUUCGAACAGACGCACUUUCAAGUCAAUCAUCCUCAGCGCAAUUACAUCAAACGUGGGAAGUCUGAGAUCAGAAAACUUCCACCAGUGGUCGCCAAAAAGAAUAUCUUGAAACUUGAUAAUCCUAUCCCAAGAGGACUUUUAGAGAUCUUACCCAAGCGUGAUUCACCCGAAUUUACUGAGAUGAGAUAUACCGCCUGUACUUCCGAGCCAGAUAAUUAUGUGAAUGAGGGUUAUUCGCUUAGAUUUGCAGAAGUUGGUCGCGAGUGCCAGAUUGCGAUUUGCAUUACCAUGUACAACGAAGACAAGUUUGCCUUAGCAAGCACCCUACAUUCAGUAAUGCAAAAUGUAUCGCAUAUGUGUAAGCGCAAGAAGUCACACGUUUGGGGUCCCAAUGGCUGGAAGAAGAUUCAAGUCAUAAUUGUUAGUGAUGGUAGAAGAAAUAUUAACAAAGGCUCGUUGGAUUACCUGAGCGCACUUGGUGUUUACCAGGAAGAUAUGGCUAAGUCGACUGUUAAUGGUGAGCCGGUGAAGGCUCAUAUUUUUGAGCUUACCACCCAAAUUUCAAUCGACGGUGACCUGGACUACGUCAGUAAGGAUGUCGUACCCGUUCAAAUCGUAUUUUGUUUGAAGGAGGAAAACCAAAAGAAAAUCAAUUCUCAUAGAUGGCUGUUCAAUGCAUUCUGCCCUAUUUUGGACCCUACAGUUGCCGUCUUGAUAGACGUUGGUACUAGAAUUAAUGACACGGCAAUUUAUCAUCUCUGGAAGGCAUUCGACAGAGAUUCUAAUGUCGCAGGUGCUGCUGGCCAGAUCAAAACUAUGAAGGGUAAGUGGGGUUUGAAGCUUCUCAAUCCGCUUGUCGCUUCUCAAAAUUUCGAGUAUAAAAUGUCGAAUAUCCUAGAUAAGCCUUUGGAGAGUGUUUUUGGUUAUAUAUCGGUUUUGCCUGGUGCCUUAUCAGCAUAUCGUUAUCGCGCUUUGAAAAAUCACGAAGAUGGUACCGGUCCCCUCAACUCGUACUUCCUUGGGGAGACCCAAGAGGGACGACAACACGAUGUCUUUACUGCUAACAUGUACCUCGCCGAAGACAGAAUUCUGUGUUGGGAGCUGGUCGCGAAGAGAAAUGCUAAAUGGGUGCUAAAGUAUGUGAAGGAGGCAACAGGCGAGACGGACGUUCCUGAAGAGCCUCCAGAGUUUAUCUCACAAAGACGUCGUUGGUUAAACGGAGCCAUGUUUGCCGCUCUGUAUGCUCAGCUACAUUUUACACAAAUUUGGAAGACGAAACACUCUGUGACAAGAAAGUUGUUUUUCCACCUAGAGUUUUUCUAUCAAUUUGUUCAAAUGUUGUUCUCCUGGUUCUCCAUUUCAAAUUUUUUCCUGACGUUCUACUUCUUAGCUGGGUCUAUGAAUACAAUGAUUAAGCAUGGAACCGUCCUCUUUACGUUUUUCAAGUAUUUGAUCAUUUGCGAUCUCGCUGCGCUUUUUAUAAUCUCCAUGGGAAAUCGCCCCCAAGGUGCAAAUCAUCUGUUCAUCAUUUCUAUGGUGAUUCUGUCUGUUUGCUCCACCUACGCUUUGGUUUGUGGACUGGUAUUUUCCAUCAAAACUCUACAGGAUCCAACUGAGAGCAGCAUGGUCUUUGUUAAUAUCGUGGUGUCGCUGUUGUCAACUUACGGUCUAUAUGCUUUCACUUCAAUUCUCUACCUCGACCCUUGGCAUUUGAUAACAUCUUCUGUGCAAUAUCUACUGAUGCUGCCAUCUUUCAUCUGUACGUUACAGAUUUUUGCCUUUUGCAACACCCAUGAUGUCUCAUGGGGUACUAAGGGUUCCACACAUGAUUCCAAACCUAAAUCAGAAGCAACAGUAAAGCAGGGCCCUGAUGGGCAACAGAUUGUGGAAGGUACCGAGUGGCCUCAGGAGGUUGACAAAAAAUUUACUGAAAUAAAGAAUCGACUCAAGGAGCAAGAGUUCAUUGAGCCUAAAAUUGAUGAAACUCAGCGCAAUAAUGACUAUUAUCGUGACAUCAGAACGCGUAUCGUGAUGUUUUGGAUGCUAUCCAAUUUAGUUAUGAUGAUGGUUGUUACUCAGGCAUAUGGCCCGGAGGAUACGGCAAAAAACAAAUAUCUGGUUUUCAUUCUAUGGUCCGUUGCAGUAUUAGCUCUCUUUAGAGCAAUAGGUUCAAUAACCUUCCUCGUUGUCAAGUAUCUUCGCAUGAUUGUGAGCUUCAAGCACAAAGCAGAGGAUAAUGGCUCUCUCAAAAUUCCAAACCCAAAGCAACUUUUCGAAAAGCCAAGCAAAAUUUAG